AUGGGAGGCGGAGGCUGCUGGUGGUGGGGUCGGGCGGCUCGCCUGGCCCGGCGCCCCUGCUUCCGGGGGGUGCUGCUGUUGGCGGCCCCGAGGCGCGGCCGGGCCGGCCGGGGCGCCUUCGGCCCCGGGCCCGGGGCCCGCGCUGCGGCCGCGCCGCCCCCCGUGUCUGAGCUGGACCGCGCGGACGCCUGGCUCCUGCGGAAGGCGCAUGAGACGGCCUUCCUCUCUUGGUUCAGAAAUGGCCUCUUGGCCUCGGGCAUAGGAGUCAUCUCCUUCAUGCAGAGCGAUAUGGGCCGGGAGGCUGCUUAUGGCUUCUUCCUCCUGGGCGGCCUGUGCGUGUUCUACGGCGGAGCCUCGUACGUGGCCGGCGUGGCUUCGCUCCGGCGGCCCAUGAUGCUGUCGCUGGGCGGAGCGCUGGUCGGGGGCGCGGCCGUGGCCUCCGCGGGCCUGCUCUGGGCCUGCGCCGUGGGCCUCUACCUGGGCCAGCUGGAGCUGGAGGUGGAGGGGCCCGAACCCGAGCCGGGGCUGGAGCCGGACGAAGCAGAUGAGGAGGAGUCACCGGCCGCCAGGGCCGGCCCGCCGCGGGGCCAGGCCAAGUGAGGGGCCGCGGGCACGGCCCGGGCACCAUUAAAGGCCCCCCCCGCACUCACA